GCUGUCGCUGCCCGCUCACUCAAGGGCCUUGGAUACAUGGUGACCUGAUCUGUGGCUCAAUUGCUGGUAAGACGGCGCCUUUCUCCUUCUAUGCACUCCCAGACAGUCUAGCAGUCAUUGUUGUGCACACGCGCAGCGCUGGCAGCUGUGUUCCUUCUGUUGUCGUUCCCUCCCAUGUCCCUGUCGCAGUAGAGAGUCUGCUCGCUGCCCACCAGAGUACCACUUUCGCUCAACCUCAUGGCUACUGACGUUAUCACUGACGAUGGACUGGAGCUGGAGAGAAUUGCCGUGCGUGCUGCUGCCACCGCCCGCGCUCCGUCCCAAUAGAUCGCUGUACUAACGUGGCGCAACACAGGUUGGCCCGUAUUGCGUCGCGGACUUUGGCUCCAACACAAGCCCCCAGCAGCAGACGACGACCAAUCGCCCACAGCCCACGCCGUCGCCGGCGAGGACUGGUACCGACAGCAGCGACAGCAGCAGCAUGGAGGAUCCCAUGAUGUCGAGCAACUUCCCCUUCGGCGGCAUGCGCGGCCCUUGGCUCGCCACUGCGGGCGACGACAUUACGCUCGCCGCGCCUGCCGACGACCUCACUAGCUGGAAUGAGUGGAUGCAGUUCAAUCCCGCUGCUGCUCAGAACCCCCAGCAGUCGGAGCCGCCCAUGACCUCCGCACAGACGACUGCCGUGCCCACCUCUGCUCCCAUGUACUCGCAGGCCGGCGCACCCUUCACCUUUGGUGGGCCCGUCGACAUGCCUGCCGCCUUCGACUUCAACGGCCACGCCCUGAGCUCACCCUCAACUGUUGACCCCCAGCAGCAGCAGAGCUUUUACUCACCGCCCGCGUGGACGCAGCAGCCCCAGCCGCAGCCCCAACUUUACAUGCCCACUGCAUUCGCGCAGCCCGGCCCACCUGCCUCGACGCCGAGCCUUCACCACAGCCCUGGCUCCCUUAACAACGGCACAUCAUCAUCGCACUCGUCGCCCGAGCCUGCAACAAACUCGAAGAAGAGGAAGUCGACUGAGGACACCGAGGACUCUGACGAUGUACCAUCAAGCAAGAAGGGCGGGUCGCAGCCGCCGAAGAAGACAGCGCACAACAUGAUCGAGAAGCGGUACCGAACCAACCUUAACGACAAGAUUGCCGCGCUGCGCGACAGCGUCCCCAGCCUGCGUGUCAUGUCGCGCCCCAACGGGACCGAAGAGGACGACGACCCGGAGGACCUCGAAGGUCUCACGCCUGCACACAAACUAAACAAGGCUACAGUACUCUCCAAGGCCACCGAGUACAUUCGCCAUCUGGAGAAGCGCAACAAGCGUCUCACGGACGAGAUUGCGACUUUGAAGGGCCGCAUCGAGAGCUACGAGAAGAUGGCCAUUUCAGGGCCCAUGACCCUGCAUGGGACUGUCAGCACGCCCGAUGGCAGCAGGUUCCAGGAAGACCCAUUUGUACAUCCCAUGGCGAAUCUUGGACCUCCGCAGGGCAUGAUACCUGUACCAGACAAUAUCCGCGCUCUGCAGCAAGGGCUGCCGCCACAACAACACUACGCCCACGCAUACCCACAGUACCCCGGACAUGGUCGUCCGGUGUCAGGACCGCCAAUGGUCAACGGACGCCGAAGCAGCGCAAUGAUAGGCAAGCUUAUGGUCGGGUCUCUCGCUGGUCUGAUGAUCCUCGAAGGAUUCUCGUCGCGCGAACAGUCGCAAGAGGAGCCAUCCGUCCACGGUCUUUUCGCUCUUCCUAUCAAUAUCUUUUCGAUCUUGUCUCCCACUACAUCUUUCGGCAGCACGACUGCGCAGAUACCCGUUGCGAAGUUGUUGCUCAUUUUCGGCGCUUUCUUUUACAUCGUUGCUCCAUUUUUCGAACACAAGCCGAAGCAGAAGAAGAAGACAGUCCCAGCCUUUGUGUUGACAUCCGCGCCAUCACUCGCGUCUCCGGUCGAGGUCCGUCGCUCGGCAUGGCUCACUGCCAUUCAGACCGUUUGGGUGCCGCAGCACAACUUUGUCCUCGAGCUCGCAGCACUCGCUCUCAAGAUGUUGAAGCUCAGCACACGCAGGAUCAUCGGCUGGGAUGGGUACGCGUACCUUACAGGCACAACGAAGGACCAGGAGAUUGCACGAGUCAAGGCAUGGAACAUUGCGCUGGACGCUCAGCUUACGGGUGGCGAUGCGGAGAUCAGCAAGAGCCGACUUGUGCUGAGCCUUAUGGCCUCCGGUACUUUACCAGACACACCUGCGCGUCUCAUGCUCAAGGCUCUACACAUUCGUGUAUUGCUUUGGGAGGUCUCUUGCGCUACCUAUGGAGGAUGGAAAGUGGUGGAUGAGCUGAGUGCAAAGAUGGCUCGCAGCUGCUGGAAUGCUGCCCGCAGCGAGCACCGUAUUGCCAGCAACUCGAAGGACAAGGAAGCUGAACCACUACCGGACCACCUGGCUGCUCUCAUCGAGAGGGAGUGCGAUGACGUACUGGUUGCAUCGAUCAUCCAGCGAGCUUACAACCUGGCCUGGAAUCGACCCAACGCUGAGAAUACUACCCUCGAUGCUUCUAUGGACGGUGUCGUCGAGGAUUUCGCCAUCAGCUCGCCCCUUGACGCACUCGCAGCAUGGUACUCUAGUCUCGUUUUGAACAGGGGCCUUGCUUCCCAUCUUGCCGCGAAGAAGGCAGACUCCAUUGCCGACCUCGACUUCGCUCUGCAGACUGCACCUGCCAAUUCGCAAGCUCAGAUGCGAGCCCUCGUUGCAGACGCUGUCGUAUUUGAUGAGGAUCGCGAUGCUCGUAUCGCCAAAGCGCUGGAAGCCUUACCUGCACCGCCAUCUUCAAAGGCCAGCGAGACCGGCCUCAAUCUCGUCGGCGACAGUACGGUCGCAGUCGACGUUCGCAAAGCACUCACACUGGCGAAAUGUCUCUCUCUAAUUGAAUCUCAUCACUACAGCGCACACAAGCGGGCCAUCUUCGUCGUCAACAACACUUUCCUCCCUCAAUGUACCACAACACUACUUAGCUUCGUCGCCGGCCAUAAGAUCCUCACGCGCUUCAUGGAAGACGCUUCGCUGCAGGCACAGACCAGCUCUGGCCUUGAGCGCAUCGCUUCUGCAUUGCGCAUGUGGAUCGGUCGCAAGACGAGUCCACGUGGCAACUUGUCGAACAAGGCACGAACCAGGAUCAUCGAGUACUGCCUCAAGACUAGCAAAACACUGGUCGGGCUUGCUGAGGUCGAUGACGGAUACGUCAGUGCGAGCGCGAAGGAUGAUGAGGCGUCAUUGUAACCUUUUACCUUUUCUUGGACUUUUGUAUGGGAAUAUGCGGCCUCAAUGGAUCGCUGGCGUUGCACACGAAGAACACAGCUGUCAUGGCUUUUGAUUACGGCGCUCGGGCAGCUCGCUGAGGCGAGGCUUUGGCCACUCACUUUUCGUUUUUUGAUGUUUGCUUCAGAGCUACUACAUAGAUACCACUCAAUGUCACUGCACCAUCAUCGAGGUGACGAUUUUACCUCAAGUUCUACUACCUUUCUGUCGACCUACAUGGAUAAGUGGUACUCGGAUCAGCUGAGCUGCAGCUUCCCGUCGAUCUGCAAGGUGUGUGUUACACUAGGUGUAGCAAUGAGAACACUGCCUGCCUGGCCUUUGUCGCGAGCGACCACAGCUUCCCCGCAUCAAAUUGGUCGAACAUGCUUGCAAU